ACGAAAAUGAUGGAUUAUAUCAUCUCUGUGGUCACCUCCAGGAAACCUGAUGCUGGCACAUACAGCCGUGUCUUUGUGUCACUUAUUGGGACAGAGGGAACCAGUGACGAGAGUGAAGUGGGCAGAGAAAAUGUCUAUCUGUCACCAGGAUCAAAAUGCUCAACCAAAAUUUCUUGCCACCACAAUUUGGGCAAGAUACUACUUGUCACUCUACGCAAAGAGCAAGUAGUAAGCUUUCCAGAUCUGAACUGGCACUGCCAAGACAUUUGGGUGGAGGCUCCGGAUGGACAGAAAUAUUACUUUCCCUGCAACAAGUGGCUAUGUAAGGACAGCAACACCAUAACUGUAAGAGAAGGAUGGGCCAGGAAACUGAACGAAGAUGAUGUAAAGCAGCUGCAGGAUCACCGAAUCAGAGAGUUGGAGGAGAAGAGAAAAAUAUAUAAAUGGCACAUACAUGUAGAACAUGUUUCACACUGUGUGAAUGUGCCAACAGUGGAGCAGCUGAGCCCAAACAUCAAAUACACAAGAGUUGGCCCAGGGCUUAAUCUACACUAUCUGAGGGGUUUCACUGAGUGCACAGAGUCAUGGAGAUCAAUGGAACAACUGAGCAAGUUUUUUGCUUUAAACAAGUACCUCUGUUCACCUGUUGCUG